AUGCUCAAGAACGCUCAGGUGCUGGCGGGCGAGCUAAGCUCAAGGAUGGGGAAGGCCGUGGAAGACCUCCGGUUUGAUGACUCGGACAAGCUUACCGCCGGUAUGAAAAUAGAAUUCUCCACCAUAUUGUGGGGAGCGAAGCAAAUUUCGUGGUAUGUGUUCAGAUAG